AUGACGCUACUUUGUACAAGUAUUGAAGCAACACCUGUUGGAACAGAAAUAGACUUUUUAGGAGCUGAUAAUGCUCCACCUGAAUCAUCAUCAAGGGAUGAACAAAAUCUCAACAAACCUAGUAUGAAUUGUCUUCCUGGUGAUGAAAAUAUUAUUUUAACGCCAUUGUCUAAUUUAGAAUGUAAUGAUGUCGAUAAAACUUUUGAACCGUCAACAAAGAAAAAAUGUUGGUCUGGACGGCGAAUUGUAGAUAUAUACUACAUAUUUGAACAAAUUAAAACGUGUGUUCACGAGGGAAGUUUUGGAUGUUCAUUUAUGGAUAUGGAGUUUAUAUCUGAAAAGCAAUAUGGCCUGAGAUCUACGUAUACAUUUAAAUCUGCGAUCGGUGGUUCAAUUUCAAUUGGAAUAGGAUAUUCUCAGCUCGAAGAAAUGUUGGCUUCAUUAGAUAUCCCUUGCAUGAGUGAUAAAACGUUUCAAUCUUGCCAAAAUCAAAUUAGUGAAUCUAUUCAUCAGGUCGCUGAGGAAGCAAUGAGAAUCGCAGGGGAAGAAGAAAAAAAAUUAGCUAUUGAAUCGGGAGAAAUUGAUAUUGACGGGACACCUAUGUGUGCCGUUGUUGCCGAUGGUCAAUGGUCUAAGCGUAGCUAUAAGACCAAAUACAACGCAUUAUCUGGAGUGGUAAAUUAUAUUUUAAUUUAAUAUAAUAUAUAGACAUAUAGGUUAACUAUUCAAUGAGUUAUGAGUACCUAAUAUAUUUUAUUAUUUUGCUUUACAGGCAAC